GCUUAGCUUCAUGUGUCCGGCGGGACUGCCCCUGGCUUUUUUUUCUGGGGAAGAUCAUAUUGGAUGAUAUUGUUUGCAGGACGUUGUUCCUCCUGCAGCCCCCCCAGUCUAUCCCGACGUAGUUGUGAAUUGAACAUGGCGACUGUUCCAGUAUAUUGCAUCUGCAGAUUACCUUACGACGUGACCCAAUUUAUGAUCGAGUGCGAUGCUUGCAAGGACUGGUUCCACGGCAGCUGUGUUGGGGUGGAUGAGGACGACGCUCCAGACAUCGACAUAUAUCACUGUCCAAACUGUGAGAAGACUCACGGCAAAUCCACCUUGAAAAAGAAAAAGAACUGGAGCAAACAUGACACGGGGCAGAGCACGGACAUCAAGGCUGUUCAGAACGGCAGUCAAGUUUUCAUCAAAGAGCUUCGCAGCAGAACAUUUCCGAGUGCUGAUGACGUGGUGGUCAAACUAAGCGGCGGUCAGCUGACAAUGGACCACCUGGAGGAGAACGGCUUUAAUGAACCAAUCCUGGUCCAGAAGAAAGACGGUCUGGGAAUGUCCAUGCCCGCCCCCACCUUCUACAUCAGUGAUGUGGAGAACUACGUUGGUCCUGACGUCGGUGUGGACGUCGUGGACGUCACAAAGCAGACCGACAGCAAGAUGAAGCUCAAAGAGUUUGUGGAUUACUACUACAGCACCAACAGGAAGAAAGUGUUAAAUGUCAUCAACCUGGAGUUCUCGGACACGAGAAUGAACGGCAUCGUGGAGAGUCCACAGAUCAUCCGCCGGCUGUCGUGGGUGGAAAACUACUGGCCUGAUGACGCCCUGCUGGGAAAGCCCAAAGUCACCAAAUACUGUCUCAUCUGUGUUAAAGACAGUUACACCGACUUUCACAUCGAGUGCGGCGGCGCCUCCGUCUGGUACCACGUCCUGAAGGGAGAAAAGAUCUUCUUCCUCAUCAAGCCCACCUCAGCCAACCUGUCUCUGUACGAGCGCUGGAGGUCCUCGUCCAAUCACAGCGAGAUGUUCUUUGCCGACCAGGUGGACAAGUGUUAUAAAUGUACCCUGAAGCAGGGCCAGACCCUGUUCAUCCCAUCAGGAUGGAUCAAUGCGAUUCUGACUCCGGUGGACUGUCUGGCCUUCUCUGGACACUUCGUCCACAACCUGAGUGUGGAAAUGCAGAUGAGAGCAUAUGAAAUCGAGAAGCGGCUGAAGGUCAAAACUCUGACUCCUUUCCCCAACUUUGAGACAGCCUGCUGGUAUGUGGGACGUCACUUCCUGGAGCGCUUCAAAGGUUUACAUAAAUUAAAUAAGCAACCAGCUCCGUACCUGAUACAUGGUGCCAAAAUUAUAAAUGGAGCCUUCAGAGCUUGGACUAAAAAACAGGCUCUCCUGGAACAUGAAGAUGAACUUCCAGAGAACAUGAAACCAUCACAACUUAUUAAGGAUCUUGCCAAAGAGAUCAGAUUAUCAGAGAAUGCAACAAAAGCCAUUAAGAGUGAGCCAAGCAUCAAGGUACCUGUAGAGGAACCACCAUCCACCCACUCUGAGCCAGAUGAGCCUCCUUCCCCAGCAAACAUCCCUUCACCCAGCAGAGAAAAGUCCAGAAAGAAAGCCUCCAAACCCCCCAAACCCCCAAAGAUGCCCAAGGCCCCCAAGCCUCCAAAGGUCCCCAAAGUCAAAGAAGGAGGAAAGAAGAAAGCAAAGAAGACAAAAGAGCUUUCUCCGCCUCCUAAACCUUCCAGCUUUGCAGCUCUUGAGUCUCAUGCAAAAGACAUCUUGAGCAAAAUGGACCAGCCAAAAAAGACAAAGGCUGUUAAGAAUGUCCUGAGCAUGUCAGAGAAGGAAAUGUCAAAGCAGAACAACGUGGAGAAGUUUGAAAUCAGAGAGCAGAAUAAAAACAAGACUGAAGCUAAAUGGAAGUACAAGAACAGUAAACCAGAUUCCCUGCUGAAAAUGGAAGAGGAGUCGAAACUUGACAGAACACCACUGUCAGGAAAUAAAGACAGGUUCAGCUUCACUAUGUCCCACAUGAAAAUGCACAGCUCCAAGAUGCUGAAACCUCAGACCAACUCAAGUGUUUUUGGAUCAUUACAAAACCUUAAAGAGGACAAAAGCAAGCCAGUGAGAGACGAGUAUGAGUAUGUCUCCGAUGAAGGAGAGCUGAAGAUUGAUGAGUUCCCCAUCAGGCGGAAAAAGAACACCGUUAAGAGAGAUUUGUCCUUUUUAUCAGACAUCAGAGAACCACUUCAGCCAUCCAAAAAACCAAAGUUCCAGCCCUUGGUCGCAAAGAGCAUGGACUCCUCAGAUGAAGAGAAGCUGCACAUAGACACAGAGGUCAAACCUGAAGUGAAAAGUCGCAACUCUAAGGUGAAGAAAAAGAGUGGAAGUGCUGCAGGGAUCCUGGACCUGCUUCAGGCCAGCAAGCAAGUGGGUGGGAUCGACUACAGCGCCAACAGUCAGCCACCUGCAUCUCCCAGCACACAGGAGGCCAUUCAGGGCAUGCUGUCCAUGGCCAACCUGUCGUCUUCAGAGAGCUUGCAGCAGCCAUGGAGCAACAGCCAGUCCAAAAACAAUAACCAGUCGAAGAACAACUCACACAGCUCGCAGGUCGGCAAGAAGGCCGGAGGAGGAGGAGGAAGCAAGCGGCCGACCAAACGUCUUCCGAAGAAACCCAGGAAAAGCAGCAGCAUGGAGAGUCUGGAUUACGAUGAUGACCAGGAUCACAUGGACGCCUGUUUCAAGGACUCAGAUUAUGUGUAUCCCUCACUGGAGUCAGAGGAGGAUAAUCCUGUUUUCAAAUCCAGGUCGAAGAAGCGGAAAAGCAGUGACGACACUCCGUACAGUCCCACAGCGCGAGUCGGACCUUCAGUUCCUCGACAAGAGCGACCGGCCAGAGACGGAGCUCGUGUGGCCUCCAUAGAAACGGGCCUGGCUGCAGCAGCGGCAAAGCUUUCCCAUCAGGAGGAGCAGCAAAAAACCAAGAAGAAGAAGAAAAGCACCAAAAAGAAGGCCACGGUCACCGAGGAGCCUGCAAAACUCUCUCAGGACAGCAGCUCACCGGAGCACAACCUGGAUUCCCACGAUGGCAGCCUGACCGACCACGAGUUCAACACCGGGACCGUCAAGUCCCCGGGGGGCCCGCAACCCAUGGCACCAGGGGUCUUCGUCAGCCAGCGGCGGCCGUCCAUGUCUUCCCCCAACAACAGCACCAACUCAUCCAACAGCAGCGGCAUGGCCAAGGGGGACCGCGUGGGGGCCGCAGACGCCAAAGCGAAGCGGCUAAAGAAAGGCAUGGCGACAGCCAAACAGAGACUGGGAAAGAUUUUAAAGAUCCAUCGAAAUGGAAAGCUCCUUCUGUAGCAUGAGGUGGACUGUUGAGGGACUGAGGAUGGACGACGAGCUGGGUCGGACCCCAGACUCAUUGCCCUGCUCACCGAGAAAUGCCGACAACAGGAAAAAACUGAAACAAGAUGGAGGAAGAAAAAAAUCAUGCAUUUCUCAAUUUGUAAGAAGAACAUCACUCAAAUAGGUUUUUGCCUCGACUUAUACUUUAUAACUUUCAGAUAUUAAAGUGUACAGAAGCUAUUCUAAAUAUUUUUUAAGAAAACACGUCUCAUUUUCCUACAGCUGUCAGUUUAUCAGGGGUUGCUCCAACAUGAAGUAGAAAUACAUGGCAGUCAUUCCAAGACAUGUGAAAGUAUCCCCGCUUUGCAUGGAUUCAGUUGCAUGUGCGCUUAGGUGGGGUUUUUGGGAGGGGGGUGGGUCUAUGGAUGCAGCUUAUCUUUACCAUACUGAGACAAAAUGGGAAAACAUUCCUCCUUCCGGGGUAAAAGAAAAUGUUUGCAGAGCACUAUCAGUAUAUUUAUUUAUUCUUCUCUUAGUCAGUGGAUACGAAAAAAAGGAGCAAACUGUAAAGCACAAGGUGGUUCACAGGUGGUUCACAUGUGGUUCACAGGCGUUUCACAGGUAAUUCACAGGUGGUUCGCAGGUGAUUCACAUGUGGUUCACAGGCGGUUCACAGGUAAUUCACAGGUGGCUCACAGUGAUUCACAGGUGGUUCACAUGUGGUUCAUAGGCGGUUCACAGGUAAUUCACAGGUGGCUCACAGUGAUUCACAGGUGGUUCACAUGUGGUUCACAGGCGGUUCACAGGUGGUUCACAUGUGGUUCACAGGCGGUUCACAGGUAAUUCACAGGUGGUUCACAUGUGGUUCACAUGUGGUUCACAGGCGGUUCACAGGUAAUUCACAGGUGGUUCGCAGGUGAUUCACAGGUGGUUCACAGGCGGUUCACAGGUAAUUCACAGGUGGUUCGCAGGUGAUUCACAGGUGGCUCACAAAUGAUUCAUAGGUGGUCACAUGCGGUCUACAGGUGGUGAGGUUGGCCAGUUUAAAUUUGAGACAAGAGGCCGGUUCACCAGGAAGGGACAGGAAAACCCAGAUUGUGACACUACAUCGGACCUGGAAUGAUAAGCGUCAUCCGUGGCAGGUGGGCGGUUUCGAGGGGAUUCUUUCGCUCUCCUUUUGCUUUCGCAGGCAGCACCAACAAUCCAAACGAGCCAAACUCACAUCUGCGUUUUUACAGCUUAUAUAGAAUGUAGCUUGUAAAUAGCCUUUUAAUGUUUUUUAUCCUUUCCCCUUCAGGCUUAAUUCUACAUUUUUACCAGUUUUGCUAAUUAUGAAUAAAUGAAUAAAAGUAUAUAUAUGUAUAUGAAUAUAUGUUAUAUUCCUGAUUUUUAAUCUUUAUUUCAUUUUAUAGCAGAGACUUCAGUUUUUUAAUGUUAGUUUUAACGGUGCUGCCUGGAAAACAAGAGAAGUCAACAUUUAUCGUCACAUGGCCUUACAUACACAAAGCUCAUUGUAUUGUGAUUUUGUUUGAAUGAGAGACAAAACUGUAUAAAAAAACUAAAGUAAAACAAAAGAAAGUUUCUAUGACCAGCCUCUUGUUGGACUUGUAGUAUCCUGAAGGGUUUGGAGGUAUUUUAUUAGCACCUUGUGAAGUGUUUCUGUGUCAGUGAUGUAAUUUAUUAAUGUUUGUAGCUUUUUUAUACUUGUACAAUUCUUAAAAGUUUUGCUUUUGAAUAUGUCAUCAAGUUGUGAAAGUACCCUUUAAUUUUUUAUUUUUUUUUAAUUGUGUUUUUUUUUUUUUGGAGGGGGGGGUGCAUUU